AUGUCAUGUUCAAAAAUAUUUUCAGGAGAUUUACCUGAACUAAUAUAUGAAAUCAUUGAAUAUUUUCAGAAUGAUUAUUCAACCUUACAUUCAUGUAUUUUAGUUAAUAAACUAUGGUGUCGCUCAGCAAUUCCAUUAUUAUGGGAAAAUCCAUUUUCAAUUCCUACCGGAAAUUACAAUUUUAUUGAAAUUUACUUACAUUAUUUAAAUGAUGAUUUAAAAUCAAAAUUAAAUGAAUAUAAAAUUAUUGGUCCUUUAUUAACUACAAAUACACUUUUCAAUUAUCCUAGUUUUAUAAGAUAUUUAAAUAUAAGAAAAAUUAACUCUUCUAUUGAGAUGUGGUUAAAAGCCGAUGAUAUAAACUUAAAUAUGGAUUUAGUAUUUGAAUUUAUAAAUUUCAUUAAUAUGUCAUUAAUUAAAUUGUUUAUUGAAAAUGAAGUAAAUUUACAUACCCUUGAACUUGAAAUUUAUUAUAACCCAUGUAUUGAAGAUAUUCUUGAUAUUAUUUUACAAAAUCCAAAUUUCAUUAGUAAUAAUAUUAGAAAUUUAAAAUUAAGUUCUAAUGAGAGUGAUGAUUCACUAAUUAAAUAUCGUGUAAAAAAAAUAAUUAAUUCAAAUCAAAAUCUCAAAAAAAGUAUCCUUCAAGGUAUGAAUAAUUUAGUUGAAGUAUUUGAAAGAUUAAAUGUUUUAGAAUCUGUUCAUAUCAUUUAUUGUUAUUCUUUAGAUGGUUUUAUUCAACAAAUUAUUAAAUUAACCAAACCAUUUAAACUAAAAUCUUUAUUUUUAAGAAUCAUGGGAUUACAAAUUGAAUCAUUAGAAUUAUUAUUACAAAAAUCUGGUAAUUAUUUAGAAAAUUUUGGUUACUACAAUGAUUUAUCAUCAGAUCAACAAUUACUUCAAUUAAUUAAUUAUUGUAAAAAUAUCAGAUCAUUUUAUUUAGAUAGCAGAAUUAAAGACGACAUUAUUUCUUUAAUAUUCAGUUUAAUUGAAAAUAUUAAACAAAAUCUUAAUUAUCUUUCAAUCAAUUUAAGUAAUUAUGAAGAUAAUGAAUAUAGUAAUAUCAAGUCAAUAUUACAAAAUUUAGGACAAACACUUCCUUCUAAACUUGAAUAUUUAAGUUUGGUUCUUCGCAUUAAAGAAAAUGAUAUUGAAAUAUUCUUAAAAAAUUCUCAAGAUAAUUUCUUUAAUAAAUUGGUAAUUGAAAAUAAAAAACAGGAAGAUGAUAAUUAUAUUGAUAUUUUACCUUAUAUAAAAGAAUAUGUUAUGAAGAAGAGAAGAGUUAAAUAUUUGGCUAUUAAGAAUACUUUAAUUCGGGGAUGUGUUAAGAGAGAAGUGGAUUUGUUUGAUUUAAAAGACGAAGUGAAGGAAUUUAAGUUACAUAAUAUUAAAGUACUUAGUUAUAUUAGAUUGUCUAUUGAUAUUUAUAGAUUUUUUAAUGAAAUUGAUGAAUUAUUUAAUUGUUAUAAAUAUUAG